UAAAUGCCCUGCUUGUGAAAUGGGGGUGGCGUGUCUGUUUAACCUUGCUGAAGGACGCAGCUGUAUUUAUUGACGUAUGUAAAUUAAUUUAGGGGUGGUCCUAGGAAAAAACAGGAACAAGAAUCAGUUUCACAUUGCAGAGUGAGCGGCUGGAGUUCCGGUGAAAAAGGAAAAAGAGACGUGGCGAAAUCGGUGAAUAUCUCUGUCCUCCAAGCAUAUCUCCCAUCACAACUGAGGCGUCUGAAAGGGUGAAGCUGCUAAAUCGUUACCGCUCAGCAAACCAUGCAGGAUGAUUUACUGAUGGAUAAAAGCAAAGCCCAGCCCCAGCCUCAGCAGCAGCAGCAGCAGCAAGAACCAACAAACGUAGAGCCCACGUCCACCCCGACCUCCUCAUCGGAGCCCCCCAAAUGCGAGGAGAACCACGCGAUUCUAAUUAACCAAACACCUCCCGCACACAACUACAAAGAGAAAGUGCCGAUGGAGUCGCCUAUCCUGCCCGGUUUGAGCUUUCAUCAGACCCAGGAGCCGGGUUCCACAUCCUUGUCUCCUUCCUUCGGCAGCACUUGGUCCACCGGGACCAACAACACCGUGGACGAUAGCUUUUUCCAAGGGAUCCCACCGGUUAAUGGGACAAUGCUUUUCCAGAAUUUCCCUCACCAAGUUAAUCCCGUAUUUGGGGGCACAUUCUCACCCCAGAUUGGCAUGGCACAAACACAGCAUCAACAGCAGCAGCAGCAACCGCAGCAGCAGCAACAACAAGCCCAGCAGCAGCAGAGAAGGUCGCCCGUAAGCCCAAACCAAGUCCCGUUCCCCCCAAGAAAUGCAUAUAGCCACCAAACCAUCAUCAAUAGCAAGGUUCCCUCCUCUUCCCCUUCAUCGUCUUCUUGGAAUAACCACCAAAACGCCGCUUGGAGCUCAGCCUCCAACCCCUGGAGCGGGCUCCAGGCUAGCAGGGAUCCCCGGAGGGCAGUGGGAGUCGGGGUUGGAGUCGGAGUGCCUUCUCCCCUCAACCCCAUCUCCCCAUUAAAAAAGCCGUAUUCGGGCAAUGUUAUCGCCCCUCCGAAAUUCCCUAGGGCUGCCCCACUUAUCCCCAAAUCCUGGAUAGAAGACAACGCCUUCAGGGCAGACAACAGCAACAGCAUGCUGCCUUUUCAGGACCGGAAUCGGCCCUAUGAUGGUUUUAACUUGCACUCUUUGGAGAAUUCCUUAAUGGAUAUUAUAAGGACUGAUCACGACAAAGGUAAACACUACCCUCCCAGUGGCGCACCAAUGACUAUCGCUGAUAUAAUGUGGAGGAAUCAUUUUGCAGGUCGCAUGGGUCUAAAUUUCCAUCAUCCAGGAACUGAUAACAUCAUGGCACUAAAUACCAGGAGCUAUGGACGAAGAAGAGGUCGGUCAUCACUCUUUCCCUUCGAAGAUGGUUUCCUUGACGAUGGUCAUGGUGACCAGUCUUUAACAUCAGGCCUGGGCUCUCCGACUCGCUGUCAGAAUGGCGAGAGGGUGGAACGUUAUUCAAGGAAAGUCUUUGUUGGAGGGCUGCCUCCUGACAUUGAUGAAGAUGAAAUCACUACUAGCUUUCGUCGCUAUGGACAUCUCGUGGUGGACUGGCCCCACAAAGCAGAAAGCAAGUCUUACUUUCCACCCAAAGGCUAUGCCUUUCUGCUUUUCCAGGAGGAAAGUUCAGUCCAAGCUCUGAUUGACGCCUGUAUUGAGGAAGAUGGAAAGCUCUACCUGUGUGUCUCCAGUCCCACCAUCAAGGACAAACCAGUGCAAAUCCGACCUUGGAACCUGAGUGACAGUGACUUUGUAAUGGAUGGAUCUCAGCCCCUGGAUCCCCGGAAGACCAUCUUUGUAGGUGGAGUUCCCCGACCUCUCAGAGCUGUUGAACUAGCGAUGAUCAUGGACCGGUUGUACGGAGGGGUCUGUUACGCCGGCAUUGACACCGAUCCUGAGCUGAAGUACCCUAAGGGAGCCGGAAGAGUGGCUUUCUCCAAUCAACAAAGCUACAUUGCUGCUAUCAGUGCUCGCUUUGUCCAGCUCCAGCACAAUGACAUUGACAAACGGGUUGAAGUAAAGCCAUACGUCCUGGAUGACCAGAUGUGUGAUGAAUGCCAGGGUGCUCGCUGUGGUGGGAAGUUUGCCCCCUUCUUUUGUGCCAACGUGACGUGUCUGCAGUAUUACUGCGAGUACUGCUGGGCAAGCAUCCACUCGCGCGCCGGCCGGGAGUUCCACAAGCCCCUGGUCAAGGAGGGGGGUGACCGGCCUCGCCACGUCUCCUUCCGAUGGAGCUGAAGCUGCAGCAACCAUACCUGGCCCCCCACCAAGAGCAAGAGAGUGAGGGAGAGCGAGAGAGCGCCUGCUGCGUCAGGGCUAGGAGCAUUCUGGAAUUCGGUGCAUACUUCCUCAGAUUCAAGAGAAGAAAAAAAAAAAGGGUCUUUUUUUAGUUUACUAUUUUGAACUCACUGUCCAGUAUAUUAUAUAAAAACCUUCAAAGUUUAAUUGUACAGAAUUUGCACUUUGGCACACGUAAACACACAAGAAAGAUAUCUGCUCGGUACAUGAAUAUUCCUUUUUCUAAGUCACUUGUUAUAUGGUUUUGGUAAUCCGCUACUCCCAACAGCCACUGCCAGGCUAAUGCUGAAGUGAUACUAUAUAUAUAUAUAUAUAUAUAUAUAUAUAUAUAUAUAUAUAUAUAUAUAUAUAUAUAUAUAUAUAUAUGUUAUGUGACUGGAACAUGCACUUAUUUUCAGAAAAAGUUAGAACUCUGCCCCUAGGAACUUUACCAAAGGUAAAUAAAUAAAUAAAUAAACACACUAGGAGGUGGCAUAUGAUGUAGCAUAACUUAAUCAAUAUUCAGUUUGGGACAUUUUAAUGGGAAAAAGGAAAGUAACCCUUAUUCGAUUUAAUAAGCCUUUAUUUGCUCUCCAUUUUGACUUGCAAAAAUAAUACCUCAUGAGCUUAAUCUGAUUUAUUUAUUUAAGUUUUGCUUCUUUUAAUUAAAUUUUUUUUUUUUUUUUUUUUUUUUUUUUUUUUUUAAAUAGUAAAUGUAUGCUGCAAUAGCUUUUUUGCUGCUAUAUAAGCGGUAUUACUAAUACCAUAGUACUUUAUUCAGGCAAGGGUGUAAAAUUUUGAAAAAAAAAACACAAAAACAUAACCAAUAUACAGUAAAUAAAUGAAUGAAUUAAGAUAAAAUAAUAAUUCAGCGCAAUUGCUACUGUACAGAGAGCAGAAUAGCAUGGAGAAAUGCUCCAUGGAAGGUCAGUAGAUUUUUUGAAUGCAUGUUUAUUUAAAUCAGGUUGCUGCAUGCAAUACAAUUUGUAUGUCAUGUCUAUUAUACAAUCUUUUGCCCACAGUGCACAAAGAAAUUAUAUGAAUAUACAUGGGCUACAAAAUAAUGAAAAAUAUAAGGAAUUGACCAACGACUAGAGGAAGGCAUGCCUCCGCUAAAGGCUCCUGGAUUUAGUCAUUGUCCAUUUAAGCAUUAAACAAGUAACACAGAAAUAGAUGUAGACUAUCCUUAAAAACAAUUGUCUAUGGUAGGUGAAGUACUUUUGCAGUGAUCUUUUAAUAUAUAAUAAUUGUGCAAUUUUUUUAUAUAUAUAGUAGGGUGAUUAUGCCUCGUACUGUGAUCUGCUUUAACUGUUGUUUAUGUCUGACAUAGAACAUAUGUGAUGCUUCAUAACCAGUGUAUUGACACACACACACACACACACAUUCACAAGAAGUGAGCUCAAGUUUAACUGGUUCUGCUGCCUGCACCAUCUAAUAGCUUUGGAUCUUGUUUGGAAAACCAAAGAGCUCAUGUGAUUUAUCUAUAUAGCUAUCUUUCUAUUUAUCUAUAUAUACAGUAUAUGUAUACAUACACACACACACAACCAAUGUAAUAAUAAUACUAAUAGAUCUGUCAGACUGACAAAGUAGGCACAUUAUUUUGGGGAAGAAUUAAAAAUAAAAAUAAACAAGAAUUGUCUACACAAAAGUCAAAAUGGAGAUGUUUAACUCCCAUAUUAUAUCCCUGGAUGUAUCCUGUGAAGCUUGAACUAAUAAUUAUGACCUGCUAUAAGAUGGGGAUUUUCUAGCAUGAACUGUGCGUGGGGAUGAGGGCUGCUGUUUAAUAAUACAAAGCCAAGCGUAGGCUUCCGUGUCCCAUUGAGGGGGGAGAGGGGGGUGUGAGGGUGGUUGCCUGGCUGUGGGGGUGGGUUGGGUACACUAUUUGUUUUUAGCAGCUCUGGGGACAAUCUGACUGGAUAUAACACUGCAUUCGUAGAUUUACAUGUGUAUUGUGAUGUCCAGUUUAGUCUUUUUCUUUCAUUGUUUAGUUGCAAAGUAUUGGCUUUAGAAUUGAUUUUUGUUUGUUUCUGAAAAGAAGAGGAAGAAAAAAAAGUGGAUUAUUAUUAUUAUUAUUAUUAUUAUUAUUAUUAUUAAUAAUAAUAAUAUCCUGGCGAAGGUAAUAUUUCUGGGCUUUUUUGUGAUAUUUCUUUCCCUGCCCAGAUGGGUUUUCUAUGUUUUUUUUCAUUAUCUGUAAAAGACAUUUGUUAUGCACUACUUUUUGUACCUGGACAGUUUUCAACAGUCAGUUGAUUUUUUUUUUUUUUUUUUUUUUUUUUUAAGAAAAAAAGGUAAAGCUUGCUUUCUGACUGACAUGAUCUUUUGCAAUACCUCAAUUUUGAAAUAUAGGAGAGAAAUUGAUAUUUUCUAAGUAAGUUUAUUCAGAAAAAAAAUAUAUAUAUAUAUUAAUUUAAUUCAGUGAGAAAUGAUUUAACAGAUGGUCAAUUUUAUUUUUUUCAUGCUUAUUUGCUUUAUUUUCUUUUUUUUAAACUGAAGGAGCUAGAGCUUAAUAACUUUAAUAUAAUGAUAUGUAGUUAGCUAAAGUACAGAAUCUACCUAUUACAGGAAUGUGAUCGUCAAGAAUUCCACCACACACCUCUAGCAGAAAUCAAGGUAGAAUUCGGAGGAUAAUAUUGUUAAUCCUUCGAAAAAAAAAAAAUAUAUAUAUAUAUAUAUAGUUUAGUUUGAAAAAAAAAAAUCUCCGUUUGGUGCUGAAAGGACGUUAUAAUUGAAGAUGUUUCCCUUAUUUUGUAUAUUUAUAAUUAAUCAUUUAUUACACAGACCAGAAUUGUGAAAGAAAUCUUCUUUUCAUGGUUUUUUUUUUUUUUUUUUUUUUAAAGAUAACUUUAUGUUUCUUAAAAAAUGUACUCCUUUUGUUUUGUAAAGUAACAUGCCCUGGUUUUGUUUACUUGAUGUUACUAAAAAAAAAUAAUAAUAAAAAUAAAUAAAUCUUGAGGGUCCUUGAGGAGAGAGAGAAUUAUUUUUUAAAAUUCAAAGUAUUUAAACUGUAACUUGAUUCAGAGCCCCUUGGUGCAUCGGGCCCAGUGGUGGCCUUCUCUUUGCGUGACACUUGAAUUAGUCAGAUUUGCUGAAGGCGAACAGAACCUUGAUUAUUUGUUGUAAUGUGCAAUACUGUUUGUACUGUUUGUAAAAAAAAAAGAAAAAAGAAAAAAAGCAUAAAUCUUUAUUGCAAAUUUAUUUUCAUUGCAAACAUUGUGAUUCACUAAGAUCAUUUUCUACUGUAUCUGUACCUAUUCUUCAUGCUAAUAUUUUUUCAGUAGUAUUGUAGCCUUUGUACUGAGAUUUGUUUUGCUAAAAAGAGGAUUAAAACAUAUUUACAUUUUUUUCCACAUUUUCUUUACAGACUUUUCUUUCUCAAGCAUUAAUAUAGUUGUUUCUGGGGGACUUUCAUAUCUGGUCAUUAUUAUUAUUAUUAUUAUUAUUAUUAUUAUUAUUAUUAUUAUUAUGUAUUUUUACUUGGAAUAAAUUAAUUUUAUGAUGCUAAUUCUUUUAAAAGUUUAUUUUUUUCAGUUGUGCAUUUUAUUUUUUUGAAGCUAAAAAAACUCUUUGUAAUAUUGUUACUAAAGUGUCUCUAGUUUUUUUUAUUAUUAUUAAUGCAAAGCUUUAUGUAUUAACUUGCUGAUGUGGUUUACACUAGUGUGGCAAUGAUUAAAAAAAAUGCCUGAUUAUGUAAAGUGAUUGGAGAUGUAAUUAAUGAAUAGGCAAUAAAGAAAAAAAUAACAGAAUGGAGCAGACAAAAAUUAUGUUGUUAUAUUGUGUGGGGGGGCAGGGGGGGUGUAUUUUUUAUUUAAUUUUAUAUAAAACCAGGUACAUUGAGCCAGCUUUAGGGAUGUCACAAUAUGGUUGCAUGAUCUGUCUUUUAAAUUACUGUUUUGUACCCUAUUGUAUUGUAAACCACUCACUCCUUCAAGCCCCAUCUUGCAAAUCUCAUACAAAGCCUUAUCCUUAUUACUGUGAGCUUUAGGUUUUAUAUAGGGGAAUGAUUUAAUAAAAUUCUGCCAUGGCACAACAUUUAAUACUUACUGGAACUCCUCACCUUGUCUCUGUGUUUUAAAAUUCUUAAAUUUCACACUAGGGGAUGGAUUGGAUAAGGGUCAUCUGUCUCAGUUUAAUUACUAUGAUAUAUUCCUUUUUUUAAAAGCAAAAAAAUCACUAAGAAACAGGAAAUCGCAUCCCUCAUACUACACAUCCUAACCAGCUGUAAGGAAAAGUGCUUUUAGUGUCAUCAUUGCCUUAUUCCUGUUCUCAUAUCCAAAUAUUUACUUGGGAACAAGUGGGUAUAGUGUGUUUGUGUUAGGCAUAUGAAAACAGAAUACAGAAUGCAUUAAGUGGUUGUCAUAUAUAUAUAUAUAUAUAUAUAUAUAUAUAUAUAUAUAUAUAUAUAUAUAUAUAUAUAUAAUCUUUUUGUUUUUAGCAAUAUCUUAUUACUGUAACAUCCCUAUUCAGAAUGUCAAAAUUACAGUCACUGAUUUGUGAAAAUGUGUUUUUAUGUUACUGCUGGCUUGUUUGUAGCUUUUGCCUUUUUGUACUAGUUUGUAUGGAUGUCUUAAUCUUUAUCUAAUAUUUAUUUUCUUAAUUAAUAACCAAACAGUUUCUCUCCAGCUUCGCUGCUAUAGUGUUGGUGUAAGACCACAACUUUACACAACUCACAACGCAUCUGCUUUAUACCCUAACAAACUAUCCAAGUACCUGUUGGGGACACUCCUAAACGUACGUUUGUGGUGUGGUAACAGUGGAGUACUAUAAAGCACAUUCAUUCAUGGACAUUGUUCUGUUGCGGUAUACAGUAUUACAUGUGUUUGUGAUUUUUCUGUCGUAAAUGAAUGACAAUAGAUGUUCACGGGUUGUAUCUCAAACUAACCACUAAUUUUAGAUGUAUCUUUUUAAUUACAUGUUGUUUUUUUGCUAGUUUUCCUGACAAGGCUUUGAACCUUUUUGGCUUGGACCUGUGCUUAUAUUGAACUGCAGUACUGUGACUAAACAUGGAGCUCAAUGCUGCUAUUGCUUACAACUGCUUUAAAGUUUGUAGUUUGGACUUUAUUUUUUUUCUGUACUAACAAGCAACUCCUUAUUAAACAUAGUUGUAUGAUGCUC